AUGCCUACCCCUAACCCCCUUAAAAGUACUGGUCCAGCUUCAUUUGUAUCAGAGAAGACAUUUCAUAUUGCCGGGAUCCUUACCACAGUGUAUGGCCUCCAAGAGGUAACCACAUCAUGUACAUCAAUAUCAUGUUUAUGGCUCCUACAUCCGAGGUUGCAAACCAAGGAGAUGAUGAGAUAUAUAGCUUCGAGGUGUAUUCAAGAAUGGAAUCAACAAGCAGGGUCCAAUCGAACCAUUGGUCUAAUCGCUGUCGCUUUUGAUCAAAGGAAUCAUGGAAGUAGGGAAGUUAAUGCUUUAGCAAACGAAUCAUGGAAAGAUGGUAACGAAACUCAUGCACAAGAUAUGUUUAGUAUAUUCAAUGGAACGGCAAUGGAUACAAGCCUUCUGAUAGAUCAUUUGCCCUCUUAUAUCUUCAACACCAAGGACUCGCCUCUCAUCGAGCAGCACCUUGUAUUAGGUAUCUCUCUCGGAGGGCAUUCAGCAUGGCAGGUUCUGUUGUCUGAUUCUCGAGUCACGGCCGGUGUUGUGAUUAUUGGAUGUCCUGACUAUAUGCGCGUGAUGACUGAUCGAGCUCGACUUUCCAAAUUACAAACAUACACGUCAACCCAAGGAGCCGACUUCCACGGCAGUAAAGAUUUCCCCCUUGCCCUUAUGAGUAGCUUGAAGAAGUGGGAUCCCAAGGGGAUUAUAUUUGGCACUUCUGAAAUUGAAGACACUCCCACUCUAGCCAUGCAAGAGCUUUACACACCAAUUCUUGACCAAAAAAUCAAGGGGAAAAGAAUACUCGUCUGCUCCGGAGCAAAUGACAGAUUGGUUCCGUAUCAUUGUUCGAAACCUUUUAUGCAAUUCUUGAAGAAUGCAACAAGUGGAUGGUAUAAAGGAGGAAAUGUGUAUGUGGAAGACAAUGUUUACCCAGGUGUUGGUCAUGCUUUUAGUGAUGGUAUGGUCAAAGACACAAUUAGAUUUGUGAAUGAUACAUUGGUUGCAAAAUCCGGUGGAGGGGUAAGUGAUCUGUCAAAGAUAUAG